GUCCCGCCCUCCUCCUGUAAACAGAUCACUUGUGUCAGUGUCAUCUCAAUCUGUGGGAGUCGUCCACUGUUUGAAAGCACUUGUGAUGUGUGCCAGAGCUAAAUUGGCAGUAUGGAUCAUUGUGAGCCCAGAAAAGAGGAAGCUCCGCCCCCAUCACAAGCUCUAGUGGACGCUGCUGAACAUGAACCCAGCUGCCUGUCCUUUAGGAGUGACACCUCAAAGCAGCACUUCACUGAUUUUAAACCCACAGAAUCAUAUGAAAACAAAGGAAAAACAGGGAUCAGUGAGAGAGCAGACGCUGCUGAACGUGAACCCAGCUGUCUGUCCUGCAGAAGUUCAGGGUCCAUGGAUGCACGUUUGCAAUUUAAAGGACAGUGUUUCUUAGGAACCAGGUUUAAUGAGAGCAUCGGCUCAGCUGAACCCAGCUGUUUCUCCUGUAAGAGUGACAAUUCAAAGCAGAACUUCACUGACUUCAAACGACUUUUAUCCAGUAUGAACGGACGUCAAAGCAGAGAAAUGGUCAAACAGGAGACCUCAAAAGAUCCCAGUGUUCAGUCGUCCCAGCAGCAUCUAACACACCUGGACUCUGUCUUUAAGCUGCUGGAGAAGAACAUUGUCACGUUUGUAAAGCAGGAACUGGAGAUGAUCCACAACAGUCUGAUUUCUGGUCACCAAAAAUGCUCUGAAAGUGAGCACCAGAAUGAGAACACGUUGGAUGGUGAUACAGGGCACAGCAGUAUCAUGAAGAAGGCUUUUCUGAAGAUCACUGUUGACUUCCUGAGGAGAAUGAAGCAAGAGGAGCUGGCUGACCGUCUACUGAGCAGACCUCCAGCUUCACUUUGUCAGCGUAAACUUAAAUCUAACCUAAAGAAGAAGUUCCAGUGUGUGUUGGAGGGGAUUUCUAAAGUACGAAAUGCAACCCCAUUGAAUGAGAUCUACACAGAGCUCCACAUCACUGAGGGAGGGACUGGGCAGGUCAAUGAUGAACACGAAGUCAGACAGAUUGAAACAACAUUCAGGAAACCACACGUACCAGAAACAACCAUCAAGCAAGAAGACAUCUUUAAACCGCCACCAGAAAGAGAUGGGCCAAUCAGGACAGUGAUGACGAAGGGCGUGGCUGGCAUUGGGAAAACAGUCCUAACACAGAAGUUCACUCUGGACUGGGCUGAAGACAAAGCCAACCAAGACAUCCAGUUCACAUUUCCAUUCACUUUCAGAGAGCUGAAUCUGCUGAAAGAGAAAAAGUUCAGCUUGGUGGAGCUCAUUCAUCACUUCUUUAGUGAAACCAAAGAAGCAGGAAUCUGCAGGUUUGAAGACUUCCAGGUCGUGUUCAUCUUUGACGGUCUGGAUGAGUGUCGACUUCCUCUGGACUUCCACAAUAAUGAGAGCCUGGCUGAUGCUACCAAGCCUGCCUCGGUGGAUGUGCUGCUGACAAACCUCAUCAAGGGGAAACUGCUUCCAUCUGCUUGCCUUUGGAUAACCACACGACCUGCAGCAGCCAAUCAGAUCCCUCCUGAGUGUGUGGACAUGAUGACAGAGGUCAGAGGGUUCACUGACCCUCAGAAGGAGAAGUACUUCAGGAAACGAUUCAAAGAUAAGGAACAGGCCAACAAAAUCAUCUCCCAUGUCAAGACAUCCCGAAGCCUCCACAUCAUGUGCCACAUCCCAGUCUUCUGCUGGAUCACUGCUACAGUUCUGGAGGAUGUGCUGAAGGCCAUCAAGAAGGAGCUUCCAAAAACCCUGACUGAGCUGUUCAUCCACUUCCUGGUGGUUCAGUCCAAACGAAGGAACAGCAAGUAUGACGGAGAAGAUCAGACUGAUCUACACUUGAGACUUGAGUGCAGGAAGAUGAUUGAGUCGCUGGGAAAGCUGGCUUUUGAGCAGCUGCAGAAAGGAAACCUGAUCUUCUAUGAGUCUGACUUGAUGGAGUGUGGCAUCAAUAUCAAGGAAGCCUCAUGGUAUUCCGGUGUGUUCACUCAGUUCUUUAAAGAAGAUCAUGGACUGGACCAGGACAAGGUGUUCUGCUUCAUCCAUCUGAGCGUUCAGGAGUUUCUGGCUGCUCUUCAUGUCCAUCUGACCUUCACCAACUCUGGAGUCAAUCUGAUGUCAGAAGAUCAAACAGAUAAAGAUUCAUCUUCAGUAACAAAGUUCUUCCAGACCGCUGUGGACAAGGCCUUAGAAAGCCCAAAUGGACACCUGGACUUGUUCCUCCGCUUUCUCCUUGGUCUAUCUCUCCAGACAAACAAGGUUCUUCUAGAAGUCCUGCUUGCAGUCAUGCUGAAAAUCCCACAGGACAAUCAGGGUAUCAUCCAACAUAUCAAGGAGAAAAUGGAAGAGAAUCCCUGUCCAGAAAGAAGCAUCAAUCUCUUCCACUGCCUGCAUGAACUCAAUGAUCAUUCCCUCGUUGAGCAGAUCCAACGGUACCUUGGAUCAGGAAGACUUUCUAAAGAAAAACUGUCUCCUGCCCAGUGGUCAGCUCUGGCCUUCAUUUUGUUGUCAUCAGAGAACGAUCUUGAAGUGUUUGACCUGGAAAAAUACUCCUCUUCAGACGAGGCUAUUUUGUUUCUUAUGCCUGUGGUUAAAGCUUCCAAGAAAGUUCUACUUAGGGGCUGUGGCAUCUCAAAUAGAAGCUGCGAAGCUCUGUCAUCAGUCCUCAGCUCCCAGUCUUCAAGUCUGAGAGAGCUGGACCUGAGUAACAACUUCCUGCAGGAACCAGCAGUAAAUCUGCUGUCUGUUGCAUUGGAGAGCCCAAACUCUCACUUGGAAACGCUGAGACUGAAUGGCUGUAACCUCUCGGGGACAAGCUGCGAAGCUCUGUCCUCAGUUCUCAAGUCAAAGUCCUCUAGUCUGAGGGAGUUGGACCUUAGUAACAACAACCUGCUGGAUUCAGGAGUUAUACUUCUGUCUUCUGGCCUCAGAAGUCCACAUUGUACGCUGAAAACUCUCAGACUCUCAGGCUGUCUGAUCACAGAGAAAGGCUGUGCUUCUCUGGCUGCAGCUCUGAAGUCCAACCCGUCCCAUCUGAGAGAGCUGGACCUGAGCUACAAUCACCCAGGAGAGUCGGGGAUUGAGCUGCUCUCUGCUGGACUGGAGGAUCCACAAUGGGGUCUUGGCACACUGAGGGUGGAGCCUGUUGGUGCCCAAUGGUUAAGACCAGGUCUGAGGAAGUAUUCCUGUGAACUCACGCUAGAUGCGAACACCGUAAACAGACGGAUCAAACUUUCUGACAACAACCGGAAGUUUACAUUUGUGGAGGAGAAUCAGUCAUACUCUGAUCACCCCGACAGAUUCGACUUCUGGUGUCCCCAGCUGCUGUGUAGAGAUGGUCUGACUGGUUGCCGUUACUGGGAGGUCGAGUGGACGGGAGGAGUUAAGAUAUGCAUGACCUACAGAGGAAUCAGCAGGACAGGAAACAGUGAAGAAUGUUUGUUUGGAGCCACCGAUCAGUCCUGGACUUUGAGCUGCUCUGAUGGUGGGUACUCAGUUUGGCACAACAACAAAAAAACAACACUCUCCUUCUCCUUCACCUCGGUCUCUUACCGAGUUGGAGUGUAUGUGGACUGUCCUGCCGGGACUUUAUCCUUCUACAGAGUCUCCUCUGACUCACUGAUCCAUCUCCACACCUUCAACACCACAUUCACUGAACCGCUUUAUCCUGGCUUUGGGUUCUGGAUCUGGUCCAGGCCAGGGUCCUCAGUGUCUUUGUGUUCUUUAUAGGAGAAAACUUCUAAGUAGUGAACAGAUGGGUUUAUUAAGUCAGUGAGUUUGCUGACUGUCAACUGCUCAUUAACACAUAUAGUCAGCACAUCAUUGGCAGCAUCCAGUGUAUUUAGGCAUGUAGGAGUAAUGAAGAUCAUGUAAAGUUCAACGCCAGAAUCAGAAUGAGGAAGGAAGGUGAUUAACUGAAUGUGUCCUGACUAUCAUUUAAAGAUGAACAAUAAAAUG